UUCUAAUAACGAAACGUCCAACCCGGAAAAAAGACAAGUCUCUUGUAAUCCGAUCACACAAACAAACAGGCGAGAGUGUGCGAGUAUGGUGCACGCCGGCCUCGUCAAAGUACGAGUAUCGUGAAAGUUUAGUAGAACUUUAUCUAACAUGCUCCAAACUGUUUACCAAAGUCGGAUCUCACCUCUCUGCUUCGGAGCCGUGCGGGGCGCUGGCUGUGGCGCACACUGACUCUCCACAGCGGUGAUAUGUCAUAGCAUAAGCAUGCCGUACUUCGACCGGCUGAACCGUGUAUGCGGCUUCCUGGACAUCGAGGAGAAAGAGAAUAGCUGCCGCUUCCAGAGGCGAUACUUCAUCCUCGACACGCAGGGAAAUGCUCUCCUGUGGUAUAUGGACAACCCUCAGAACCUGCCCAGUGGAGCCAGCUUUGUUGGCAGCCUGAAACUAACCUACAUCUCUAAGGUGAGUGAAGCAACAGCGAAGCAAAAGCCAAAGACGGAGUUCUGCUUUGUCAUCAAUGCCGUUUCCCGGCGGUACUUCCUCCAAGCCAAUGAUGUGACUGACAUGAGGGAGUGGGUGGCUGCUCUCAACAACUCCAGCAAGAUCACUGUUCCUAAGUCCGGCCCUGCACCUCCAAGGUCCGAUGUGACCCCAGUAAUCAGUGACACUCAGGGAGGGAAGAGACAGGCCUACAAGGCGGAGAUCAUCGGUGGUGUGGUGGUUCACACUCCCAUCCAGAAUGAGAGCGAGGAGACUGAAGGGAGAGAGAGGAAGGGCAACAGGCCUGGCGUACUGAGGUGCGGUUAUUGUGUCAAACAGGGAAAUGUGUGUGCGUUUCAGAGGAAGAGCUGGAAGAGGAGGUUUUUCACCCUGGACGACAAUGCAGUCAGUUACUACAAAUCUGAGACGGAUAAGGAUCCUCUCCGAGCUAUUCCACUGAGGGACAUUCAGAAAGUUCACGAAUGUCUGGUCAAGUCAGGGGAUCUCCUGCUGAGAGACAACCUGUUUGAGAUCAUCACCAGCUCCCGAACCUUCUACAUUCAGACAGACUCUCCAGAGGAGAUGCGUGGCUGGAUUAGAGACAUUGAGAUGAAGAUCCAGGACUUCAGAGGUCCAGCUAAGGCUUUUCAGUUUAAACGUGCUUCCUCCCUCUACCGGAGUCACAAUGCCUCCUCGGCAUCUCGAGGUCAACAGAGCGAUGAGCGUAGGCCCCAGCUGGUCAAGUCCUCCUCUGUGGCCCCAGGCUGGCAGCCCUGGACGCCCAUCCCACCGUGUGAGCCCUCCAUCCUUGAUGGAGAGGAUGAAGACAGUGCUUUCAGCUCUGUGCCCACUUUGCCCUCUCUCUCCUCUUCCUCCACCUCUUCUUCCACCUCCUCCUCCUCCAACUCCCUCUCCACCCCGACCCCUUGCCCCAGCGCGACUCCAGCAGCUUCAGGUAGCGGACUGGGGAUCCUCACAGCGUCAGGAGACGUGGCUAGUGGGCGCCGGCGGCACCGCUCGCAGCCUCAGCCUCCCACCAGCUGCAACUUUCCCUUCACCCUGGAUGACGACGGCAUCCGCACCACAGAUGUCUAGUUCGCUGAAGUCUGUCCAGGCUCCUGUGUGGACUCAAGUGUUGGUACCUGCUUUAAAAUGUGACUGGUAAUGAUAGUAUUCCCCGCUAAUGAAGUGACACUGUGACCAUCCGCCUCAGUGCCAUGACAUGAGAUUCAGGACCCCUGCUGGUCUUGUAGCUUUACUGCAGACGAAGGAUGUACCCAGCUGGAAGGGGACCAAAGGGCCGCAGUGUUUGUAAUAGGACUGUGAAAAAGUGAGACGGAGUGUUUUUAGUGCAACUUCCUCUGAAAACUUGAAUAAUCUUAUUAUUAAUUGUUCUUGCGGACAAAUUAUGGCACAUGCUUUCAAUCUGUUGCACUUGGCUCAUCAAAAACAUGUUUUCACCUCCGCCACAAGUAUUCUCAGAGGAGUUUUUAAAGCCAUUUUAACACAUCAGCGUCUGUAAUUUUUAUGCUAAAGCUUGCAUUCACUAAAUACUUUCAAAUAAUUUGUGUUUUUUAGUUUCUUCCUGAGCCCAGCAGUGUUUUUCCCCCUUUCUUCCUGAGACACACGUUACGUGAAAAGCCUGACAUCAACUUUCCUUCAUUAAUAAUUAACAAGCAUUUUAUUACUAACAUCUAAUCGGGUGUUCGGGGGGGAAAGUAUCCAGUAGGUCUUAUUAAAAAACAAGGUACAGACAGAGAAGAUGGAGUCAGCAGCAGCUUUUAUGUGUUCGCACUAUAUUUUACUAAGGAGACUUUUAAUACUUGGCUUAAAGAUCAACCGUCAGUAAACUGUGACUCCUUUUAACAGGGUACCAUAAUGAUACAGGAGUGUUUUAGAUGGUACUUGUAGUAGAAUGUAUUGCCAGCCUCAAAGUACAGCUUUGUAAAUGUGAUUUUCGUACUGCAGCGUUAUGUGGGGAAAAUGUGCCACUACUUCUGGUGAUUUAAUUGUAAUUCUGCACUUUGCUUCUCUCAUUGUUAGUAGUGUUAUUCACAGCAGAUAUUUCAGCUUCCUCUGAGAUGAGAUGUCUCAGACUCUUCGUGUUGUUACACCAGCAGUCUCAGCCUUUCUCAGGUUCACCUCAAGACUUUAUUGAUGUGUUACCGUGUUCAUGUACGUGUCCGUUUUCUUAAGCUGUGUACACUCGUCUGCUUGCAUAUGAUGUCAAUUUUCUCUCUUGUACAUUAAAUGAUGCUUUUUAUUUA